AUGGCUGCCGAAGAAACUACUCCUAUCGUUACCUCACUCGCCGCGCAGCUCUCGGAUGCGAUUGCGGCAUUUCUACAUGCUUCCUUCGACGAUGUAGCAAAGAACCUCGUUACUCGACUACAAGCUCCCGAGGCCAAGGCGGCUCCAAAGCUGGAGGUCAAAGAGAUCGAGCCAAGUCCUCCUCCGCCACCGCCACCGCCAGAACCAGAACCUGAACCAGAAUCAGAGCCUGAACCGCUGUUUAAUGUGCCUUAUGCGCGAAAUCCAGACUUCGUGGGUCGAUCUUCCCACCUCAGUCAGUUGUUUGGGAUGUGGAAGCCGGGUCAUAAGGGGCGCAUUUCAGUUGCUGGUUUGGGCGGGAUUGGUAAAACUGAAUUAGUCGUUGAAUUCGUAUAUCGGAUUAAGGAUGUCUCCCCAACAACACCAGUCUACUGGUUCAGACCAAACGACCUUCUUUCCAGCCCUAGCAGUCCUUCAAAAUCUUCAUCUGUGGUUAGCAUACAGCUGGACGAAUGGUUGGACCAAUCUCGUGGCAUCAACUGCUUGCUGGUGGUGGACCCUGGAGAUAAAUUCGAAGACCUAUUGCAAACAAGUGUGGAGAAUGGACGAGUGAUCGAUAAACUUCGACUUUUUCCAGGCACAGUGAUUGUGCUGUCGAGAAGUUUGCAGCAUGGAAGUUUGCUGGCUGGCCCUCACGAUGUAUGCCAACUUGACGACCUAGAAGUCGAGGCCUCCGUCGACCUUUUGAGCGGGAGGCUGGGAAUACAAGCCCAAGCUUCGCCUAUCGAGCUUCAAGAGGUGGUUGACCUGAUGACCAACUUACCAAGGGCUAUCCUUCAAGUUGCAGCUCUCAUCAAUGGAACUGGAAUGACCAUUUCUCAAUUUCUUCAUCUUUACCGGCAAGGCGAUGCGAUGAAAUUGCGCUUAUUUGGCAGACUGGACCCUGUUUCACAACCAGAUCAUACCUUCUCAAUUGUUGGAAAAGGUGUCAUCGAUAUUAAAGCCUUCAGAAAUGAAUUCUCCACUGCAAGCCGAAUCUUGUAUAAGAUGUACUUCCUUGGUGGUACCUCAGUACCACACGAUGUCUUCUCAUCGUCUGAUCAAUUAGAGAUGAUCAUCAUGAUGAAUCUCCUGAGGGGUCACUUUGUACUAGUUGAGAACCCCGUCAAUACGUAUACCCUUCAUCCUCUGGUAUUCCUAGCGAUGCACCGAAUUAUCGAAACUGAGCGACCUGAGACAGAUGAAGAGGAUGUUAAACAGGAACAUAUAUGGUUUGAGGAAGUUGUUAUGGCUUUCUCAAAGUUCUAUCCGGAUGCGAGCAAUGAAAAGCGAGAUUGGUGGAGAAGCUGUUUUUCUCUCCUGCUAGGCGGCUAUGACUUGAAUGGCGACUCUCUACGAAUAUCUGUCUCCAAAAUCCAUCAGAAAGAAUCGGCAUAUUUCCAUCGCAAAGGAAGAUACACAGACGCUUUGAAGAUGGCGUUGCUUGCCAAAAAUGCUCUCCCAGAUCCUGUCCCUCAAGAACAUCUUAGCGUUCUUCAGGAUCAAAUCAUGCUGCUUGAACUUCUCGGGAAGUAUCGAGAAGUUCAGACUUCGCUUCAAAACUACCCUCCAGACGAGCAACAAUCGACAAUUCUUUGGAAGAAGAGAAUGCAGGCGAGAUUAGAACAAGCGGAAGGUGCAAAUCGGUACGACUCUGCUGUCGAUAUUUUCCGCCAAGUCAAAGUCUCGAGGGAGACUGCUGCGAAUAACUCUAUGCAGGACAUGUUUCAGUCCAUAGACGAUUUUGGAUGUGUUCUAAUGCUCAAGGGGAAAUAUCACGAUGCAGCCAUCGAGUGUCGGAAGGCUCUUUCUGAAAGAACUACUCUUCUAGGUACUUCUCACGUCGAUACACUUACCAGUCUUCAUCAUUUCGCUUCGGUUUUGAAAUGCGAUGGAAAAUAUGAAGAGGCGCUUCGAUAUAUUCAGGAAGCAAUUCGUGGCAGAGAAGUUGUUCUUGGUACAGAUCAUCCCGAAACUUUGCAGAGCAGAAUUAUCAAAGCUCGAAUCCUGCUUUACGUGGCUGUGGCGAUGUCAGACUACGACCAGGCAGAGACUUUGCUUGUCGACUCCGCAAAUCGCCUCAGUGGCAUCUUGUCAGAUUCACAUCCCCUUCUUCUUGCAUGUAGGAGCGAUCGAGCCCAAAUUAUGCUGGCGCGCGGAAAGUAUGAGGCUUCGGAACAGAUGAAUAGAGCUACUUUGUCUGCCAGGGAGAAAGGUCCAUGGGCGGAAUCUUCUAGCCAUCCAGAUACAUUGGCAAGCAUGCAUUUGCUUGCCGAAGUCUUACGAUGCAAGGAAGGCUGCCGCGCUGCUGAUGCAUUGAGCGAGCGAGCUCUAGUUGAAAGAACGGAUGUCUUGACGAAUGGGACUCUCACUGGCAGCGACUUCCACCCAGAUCAGCUCACUAGUCUUCAUCAUCGAGCAAUUGUUCUUUCUGGCCUUGGCCAGCACCAAGCUGCGUUGCAAAAGAUCGACUUUGCCCUCAGUGGGAGAAGGACGGUUUUGGGAAGUGACCACCCGGAUGUCUUUCUAAGCAUGACGUGGAAAGGAGAAAUAAUGCGAUCGCAACUUACAACAUACCAGACUCAACGAGCUCAGACUCUUGAUGUCAUAGAGGCUCUCCACAAACAAGCGCUCGAGGGGUUGGCUUGGAUUCUGGGCCCGGAACAUCAAAACACUUUGCUAUGUAUGACCAACCUCGCACUUGCAAAACACGAGCGUGGCACAUCAGGCCAUACCGAAGCAGAGUCAUUGUAUCGUCAAGUCUACCGCGCGUAUCAGCGGAACCUGGGCGAAUUACACCCUGAGACGCUGAAGAGCAAGUCACGUCUGGCGGAGGCGUCGCGGGCUCUGAGUCCAAGUGCACACCAGGAGUCGAAGAAGAUGUGGAGAGAAGCAUGUGCAGGAUUUGCGAAGAUCUUUGGUACUGAUGCUUAUCUUACCGUGGCUGCUUAUAAAGGGUAUGAGAAGUUUUUGAAGACGUAUCCGGAGCCGUGA